AUGGCCACUGACGUGAGAAUCGCCCAGGCAAUAGGGACGCUUGGCUGUGCAGCGGCGGCAAGCGGCAUUGCUACAUUGUCAAUAAUGAGCGUUCCAAGUAUCGUCCUUCCAGCUCGUCAUCCACCAAGUGCAACACUGCCAUUUCAAGAUACACCAGGAACCCCAACCGCCCACUUGACACACCAGUGGCUCGAUAUGUAUGAUCGUGGCAGCAAGAUUUUCCCCGGUAUAUCCGCAGUAUCUUCACUCGCAAACCUGUAUGCCCUCUGGGCAUUGCGGGACUCCCCUACCCCUGCCCCGGAUAUCUUUGGGUCCAGCUGGUCCACAUGCUAUUUGCUUGCUGUGGGAGUUACGAUGAGCAUUGCACCUUUUACGGUCACAGUCAUGAAGAAGACAAAUGCCAAACUGAAGGCUCAUGCGAAGCGCGAUGAUGCGGCCGGCGCUGAGGGUACUGAAAGCAUGGUGGUUAGUCCGCAGGAGAAGGCCAAGCGGGCUAGGGAUGAUAGCGAGGUGAUUGAACUUUUGAAGCAUUGGUCGCAGUUGAAUUUGAUCAGGGCUGUAUUUCCACUUGUUGGGGCUGGCAUUGGGUUCUAUGCUGCUGUCUCCAGUUGGAUAAUUCCUUGA